AAAAAUGAGCGCAGAUCAGCGGUUAAUGAGGACGACAGGCGACGUAAAUUAGAACUGCAAAGAGAGCUAUUGAUGAGGUCGAAGAUGAGUGGUGUUCAGUCGAUAGAUGAACGUACAAUAACGGAAGGUAGUAGUUCGCUUGAUAUGCAAAGGAAUGAGCACAUCAAAGAAAUGAACAUUGCGGAGCAUAGACCAGCACAAGCGUUGACAGCAUUCGAGAGUGCACGUGCCAGUUUUAUGAGUGCUUCCGAGCGAGCGGCACGUUAUUCUUUAGGCGGUGCUAACACUUCAUCACUAUCCGCGUACAACAACACUUACGAGAAACCAACGAACUAUCAACACCACCAUCAAAAGACGAAUUCCGCAGAUGACAAUCAUAAUAAUUCUGUUCUAUUGCCCUCAUCCUCCUCAACACCGUUCUAUAACAACAACAACAACAACAACGUUAAUGAUCCAACUAAAAAACCAACGACACCUCGAAUUAUAAGGCCAGCGCCUCCACCUCCACCGUUAGCGCAAACAGGCUUGAAACUGAAACCACCCAUUCCGGUACCAAGGAAACCAGGUACAUCCGGUGAAACCAACCAGGUUCGUUUCGUCAGUUUUUGA